GCCGCGCCCGGCCCGGCCCGGCCCGGCCCGGGCAGCCGGUGCCCAGCGCGGGCCGCUCCGCCGCUCCGAGCGCAGCCCCGCGGGCAGCCCGCCGGCACCAUGCCGCUCGCACAGCUCGCCGAGCCCUGGCCCGACAUGGAGGUGGUGCAUCUGGACACGGAGAAUGGGCAGGCUGCUCCAGAAGAAAGUGGGAAUAUUCCAUCCAAGGCAAAAUCAGACAUCACUUGGAUAGAGAAGGACCUUGUGGACUCCGCAGACAAGGGCGAAGGUGUUGUGAAAGAAAUCAACAUCACACACCAUGUGAAGGAAGGCUCUGAGAAAGCAGAUCCUUCGCAGUUUGAACUCCUGAAGGUGCUGGGACAGGGCUCUUUUGGCAAGGUUUUCUUGGUGAGAAAAAUCACACCGCCAGACAGCAACCACCUCUAUGCCAUGAAAGUGCUCAAGAAGGCGACACUGAAAGUGCGUGAUCGACAAAGGACAAAGAUAGAAAGGGACAUCCUGGCGGAUGUAAACCAUCCCUUUGUGGUGAAACUCCACUACGCAUUCCAGACAGAGGGGAAGCUGUAUCUCAUCUUGGAUUUCCUCAGAGGAGGUGACCUUUUCACUCGGCUUUCCAAAGAGGUCAUGUUCACCGAGGAGGACGUCAAGUUCUACCUUGCAGAGCUGGCGCUGGGGCUCGACCACUUGCACAGGCUGGGAAUCAUCUACAGGGAUCUCAAACCGGAGAACAUCCUCUUGGAUGAAGAAGGGCACAUCAAACUCACAGAUUUUGGCUUGAGUAAGGAGGCUAUAGACCACGAGAAGAAAGCCUAUUCCUUCUGUGGGACAGUGGAAUACAUGGCACCAGAAGUUGUGAAUCGCCAGGGCCACUCCCACAGUGCUGACUGGUGGUCGUACGGGGUGUUAAUGUUUGAAAUGCUCACGGGCUCGCUGCCCUUCCAGGGGAAGGAUCGUAAGGAGACGAUGACCCUCAUCCUCAAAGCAAAGCUGGGCAUGCCACAGUUCCUGAGCGCUGAGGCACAGAGCCUCCUGCGAGCCCUGUUCAAAAGGAACCCAGCCAACAGAUUAGGUUCCGGAUCAGAUGGAGCAGAAGAGAUCAAGCGCCAUCCUUUCUACUCCACCAUUGACUGGAAUAAGCUGUACCGCAGGGAAAUCAAACCCCCCUUCAAGCCUGCAGUGGGGCAGCCAGAUGACACCUUCUAUUUUGACACAGAAUAUACAUCACGUACACCAAAAGAUUCCCCAGGCAUCCCCGCAAGUGCAGGAGCCCAUCAGCUCUUCCGAGGCUUCAGUUUCGUGGCGACGGGGUUGAUGGAGGAUGUCAAGGUGAAACCAGCCCCGGCACCACUACACUCGGUUGUACAGCAACUGCAUGGCAAGAAUGUCCAGUUCAGUGAUGGUUACGUGGUGAAGGAGGUGAUCGGCGUCGGCUCCUACUCAGUGUGUAAACGCUGCAUUCAUAAAGCAACCAACAUGGAAUAUGCAGUCAAGGUUAUUGACAAGAGCAAGCGAGACCCUUCGGAGGAAAUAGAAAUCCUCCUGCGCUAUGGGCAGCAUCCAAACAUCAUCACCUUGAAAGAUGUGUACGACGAUGGGAAGUGCGUGUUCCUGGUGACUGAGCUGAUGAGAGGAGGGGAGCUGCUGGAUAAAAUCCUCAGGCAGAAAUUCUUCUCGGAGAGGGAAGCCAGCUCAGUCCUGCACACCCUCUGUAAGACAGUGGAGUACCUGCAUUCCCAAGGGGUGGUUCACAGGGACUUGAAACCCAGCAAUAUUCUCUACGUGGAUGAGUCAGGAAACCCCGAAAGCAUCCGCAUUUGUGACUUUGGCUUUGCCAAGCAGCUGAGGGCCGAGAACGGCCUGCUCAUGACUCCUUGUUAUACAGCAAACUUCGUGGCACCAGAGGUACUAAAACGCCAGGGCUACGACGAGGGCUGUGACAUCUGGAGCCUGGGAGUGCUGCUCUAUACGAUGCUCGCAGGCUGCACUCCGUUUGUAAAUGACCCCAGUGACACUCCAGAAGAGAUCCUGACCCGGAUAGGCAGCGGGGAGUUCUAUAUCAGUGGAGGCAACUGGGACACUAUUUCUGACAUGGCCAAGGAUCUGGUAUCAAAGAUGCUUCACGUAGAUCCUCACCAGCGUCUGACAGCCAAGCAGGUCCUGCAGCACCCGUGGAUAACAAAGAAGGACAGCUUGCCCCAGAGCCAGCUGAAUCGCCAGGACCUUCAGCUUGUAAAGGGGGCGAUGGCUGCCACAUACUCUGCACUGAACAGCUCCAAGCCAAGCCCCCAGCUGAAGCCCAUCGAAUCCUCCAUCCUGGCACAGAGACGGGUGAAGAAACUUCCUUCCACCACACUGUGAGGCUGGGGGGGCUGCAGCCAGGCUGUGCGCCCCCACCCAAGACGGGGGGCAGGAGGUCGGGUGGUCAAUGCCUGCACUGGAGCUCCCUUGAGGACUUGUUCUCCAAAGGCCAAGUGCCUUCCUGUUUCUGAGACUGGGCUCCUCCUUGUGUGGACUGAUCUUUGCUGAGAGAACUUCACUGUAAAACUUUUUUGAAGUGUAAAUUGUCAAUUUUUAAAGACAUCCAUCUGUGUAUAUGAGAACUAGAAUGUAUAACUGAUGUCAAGUGGCACUAAAAAGCAGCUCUGAUUCACCCCUCCCUGUGUUGGGCCAGGUAUUUCUUUGUAGCUACAUCAUUUCUUGGAACUGAUCCUCUCCAACACCAUUGCGGCUGGAAGACUGGACUGCAUCACGUUUGGGAUUUAGGCUUUGGGCUUUUUCCUCCCUUGAACCUUUGGAUGCUCUUCCCAAAGUCAACCCUGCAGAUUCCUUGCCAGCAGCACUCAUGUUUGUAAGGGACUUCCCUCCCCUUCCCCUUCCCUUGUUGUGUGUGAGUGUUUAAGGUCGAUUUUUCAGACUCCAUUUCUUGUGCUCCCCCUGCCCAGAACCUGCUGGGUUUGGCUCAUCCCUCCUCUUUGCCCUCCCAUCUUCAUGUUCUCCCCAUCCCUCCCUGGGGAGCUUGUCACCCGCGCAGGUGGGGACGUCAGAGGAACCUUCUCCUGAGCAAAGCCGAGGCUUUGGGCUGCUCUGGCUGCUGCUUUUGCCAUCUCUGGGUUUCUUUUCCUUCAGUCGGAACCUCUGAAACAAACCACCCGUUUUUACUUUAACUUGGUUCUCCAGCUCAGGGUUUCUUUCUGAAUCCUACAAUAAACGUGUCAUUCAGUUGAUGUUAUUUUACUGACUGACUUUUAGCUGCAGAAUAAGCGACCCGGGUCACUUCCCCACGUCGUACUGGUGUAAUGAUCCUUGCUGCCUUUUGGGAGAGCUGCAAAGCUUUUUCAUCUGCCCCUGUGAUGGGAAAAGCAGCAGGACUUUCGUAGGGCUGCACAUUACACCACCUUUUCUCAGGUGCAAUACCUCCCUUUGCAGUAGGAAGUAAUUAGAUCCAGUUGUGGAAUAAGGCAGGAAUCAACAGGAAAGGUGGUCAGACGCGGGCUGCGGAGGGCAAUUUCUUACUCUCAGGACAUUUCAGUGCGAAUAGAAACCAAUACUUGGAGGCAAACUGUGCUAGAAAUCAACCCUGACCCACUCUGACUUGCAGGGAAGUGCUGGAGCUCCCUGGUUUGGUGCUGGCUGGAGAGCUCCAAGGACUGCAGACGGACGCUCCUCUGCUCCAGGCUGUGACCGAAGCCAGCAAAGGUUCUCACAUGAAUUUCUGCUACUUUUGGCUGAUUGUAUGACUAGAGGGGAAACUUUCUCUUUUGUUUUCCUCUUUUUCUUAGUCCCAGUUACUCUAAAAUGGAGAAUUCCAUUUAAUUUUUCUUCUCUGAGAUGUACAGCUCGCUCCUCUCUACCCUCAUCCAGGCAGGUCCUGCUGUCAUCCCUGGAGCAGCCAGAAAGAAGGUGAAAUAGUCACAAUUUGGUUUUCUGUUAUUUAUUCCAAAUACUUCCCUGGUGUCCAGUGCUGAGAGGAGGAGCCAGUGCCGCUGGAUCUUCCCACUGGAUCACUCGACCUGUUUUCAGACUGUUUCCUACAUUGUGCUUUAAGGGUCUGAAACAGUGGAUGGGGUUGGUUGUGCUGGUGGUGAUCACCACUCACUGUGAACCUCUCUCAAGGGUAUGGACUGUGAGGGCGGGUCUUAAACCAAAUGUUCCCCCUGCUUGGCUGGUGGCUUGUUUGUACAGAAUGGUAAAUGUUUGCAAAUACCAGGCAGGAAACACAUUGCAACCUUUGCUGAACCCUCCCUGUAAUGGUGCUGGUGUGAGGCCAAUGGGUGACAACUCAAAGGUGUGUGGGCACUUUUGGGUGCAGAGCUUUGUGGGUGCAGGGAGAGCAGCCCAGAGCUGCUGCAGGCUCUGCCUGGCCAUAAGGCAAUACUUGGGGUGUCAAACCCCUCUGCCUCACUGGGGUCUUCGAGCAGAGGAACCUUGUGUUUGGUGCAGCUGCAGCUUUGGGACCUCUGUCACUUCGGAGAGCAGAGUGAACAAGGGAGGGCUCUUUGUUCUUUGCUUUCUGGGGUGCUUCUAACCAAGUUGUUUUGAGUGAUCUGUAAGUAAAAAUAAGUCUUGAUCUUUAGUUCCGAAUCAACCAAGUGCUGUUACUUUUUUAAUUCCAGUCCUCAAUAAAAAUUGACUUGUUGAUCUUUCU